ACAACAAUUUAACAUUAAACCAGGAAGGUCCCAAAGACGUAGCCCUGGUAAGCAACAAAACCUUAAACAAGGCAAAAGAUAAUUUCUGCUUAACAGGUCUGCUUCAAUGGAACUCCCUAAAAAUCCUAGACCCACAACAUCUGUACCCAGAAAGUAUCCUCUCAUCGAAUUCCCCACCUCCCCACAACUUAUCGUGGGGGAAGAGAUGCUUCAUUUUAACCACCCACAACAUCCUCUAUCGAAACUGGACCUUCCAGACCACUUUACCUGCUCUGGCUGCAAGGAGUAUGGUGCAGGAAUGAGGUUCACUUGCCAACAAUGUGAUUUUCAGCUGCACGAGUUCUGUGCCCAUGCUCCUCCUGAUCUUAAGGACCACCCUUUCCACUACCUGCACCAGCUUACUUUCUAUUCUAAGCCAGGUAAAGAAGGGAAAUCAAAGUGUGAUGUUUGUUUCAAACCCGCCAAAGGGUAUGCUUUCCGAUGCAGUGCCUGUGGUUUCCAGAUGCACCCUUGCUGCGAGAGGCUUUCUUCGGAAACCAGCUUCUUAUGCCACCCUGCGCAUACCCUCAGACUUGUGCCCGCAAACAUGGCAGGCGCAAAUGGCGAUUCUGGUUUCGUGUGUGGCGUGUGCAAGAGGAAGAGGUCAGGCCGUGUGUUCCACUGCACUGUUUGUGGUUACCAUCUCCAUGCGGUUUGUGCUAAGAAUAUGGUUAAUGGGCUCUAUGCCAAUGGGAUCAAAGAUCUCGAAAAGCCCAGCAUGCUAGGGUCUGCCUUCCGGGUUGUAUCUAAAGUUGUCAUAGUGCUCUUUGAAGGGCUGGUCGAGGGUAUGGCAGAAGGUGUUGGAGAAGUUUUAGGUGAUAAUCUUGCCAGAGGAAAGGGCAGAAAUCGAAGUAGCUAGAACUAAGGGAAAUAAUUAAGGAAAAGAUAUUUUCGCUUGUUCUUGGAACAGAACGAUAUAUAUGCAAGUUGCUCAUGAUAUCUUAACAUGGAUAAAGUGUGGAGUGAUCAGAUCAGAAGGUGUAUUGUUAUUAUUGUUAAUUGUAUGUUUGUGUUGGGGGUGUCUUUUUCAUGCUGGUUGUGGAAAAGGCCGUUCCCUGCUAAAUUAAUGUGAAAUGACUUAAAUUGUCUGCUUAGCAAAGAUGUUUAAUUGGAG